AAAGCGUGCCAGGGAGAAGUCAUCACCUUCAACUGCUCAGCUGAUGCUAAGCCAGCAGUGACGUCAUACCAGCUGUAUAAGAAUGACACUGCCAUGGUCGCCAACUCUUCCGGAGUGUGGAGAGAGAUAUUAGAAAGUGGAGGAGUGUUUGUCUACAAAUGUGUGGCUAACAACAGUGUGGGAUCAACAUAUAGUACGGAUGUUACGUUCAGUGUGAAUGUGCCUCCAUCCAUACAACCAAUCAACAACAAGAAGGUAAUUAAAGGUGACAAUGUGACUGUGAUGUGUAAGGUAUCUGGAAUGCCUCCACCAAUGGUGUCGUGGAUAAAACCUAAUGGUCAGCGUCAGAGUGGAUAUAUGUUGAGGCUUGUGACCAUUAGCAGGAAAGAAGCUGGUGAAUACAAAUGUGAAGCCAGUAAUAAGUGUGGUAAUGCAACAGAGAUGGCAACAAUUGACGUACAGUAUGCACCAACGAUUACAAACAUUUCUGGUGGGCAGACCGUAAACAAAGGUAAAGAGGUGAGUUUGUUCUGUAUGGCAGAAGGUAAUCCAGCACCAACUAUAACGUGGACAAAAGUCGCUGAUAACAGUACAGUGAACUUCCCUUUGAUCAUCCGUGGUAGCCGGGAUGAAGGACUGUACAGAUGUACUGCUGAGAAUCGUGUUGGAAGCUCUGUGACUAAGGAUGUCAGCAUAAUAGUACAUCAAAACCCUUGCCUUGAGGAAUGUACGAAUGGACGAAAUUGCAGAGAAUUCGGAAAAUACCUUUGCUUAUGUCCAAAAGGAAAAACAGGACAAAAUUGCAAAGAAAAUGAUACAAUGGCGGUUGUUCUCAUGAUCAGCCUUAAAAUUGAUAACAAAAAGUGGAGAGAGGAACUUACCGACUUGUCUGACUUAGAUACACAAGGGUUUGUUGGAGUAAUCGUAGAUUCGGUGGAUGAAGAAUUCAAAGGUUCUGGCGUCAGAGAAAUUAAUGUGACACGACUAAGAGAGGGAAGUGUCAUUGCAGACAUAUCGCUCACAUUUGGCGAGCCUGUUGGAGAAAGUGAAGUAGAAUCAUUUCUACAAGAUGCGGUUAAUGAUGGAAGCCUUGGUAUUCUAAAAGUAGGUACUUUCGCCGUAGGACCAACUCUUCCAGAUUUAGUCACGGUUCCCGGUCCAGUUCCAUCAGAACCAACAAAGGUGAAUAAGGAUGUUAUUUACGGCUCAGUUAUUGGGGUUCUUGGCCUGAUUCUCGCUGUCAUUGCCGUUUUCAUUGCCUGGAAACACCGCAAACGUGAAAGAGAUGAUCGACUUAAUGCAGGUACUAGGAGAUCACGUAUUCUUAAAAUUAACGAGGGAUUUGAACUGGAAAGCAUCAGUGAAAACCUUAGCAACGUCGCGUAUUAUGGCCCAGGACAUCACAUGGACCUGAAUGAAGUUAGAUCACUUAAUGGACAUGCCACAGACCCAACACGAAGCUAUUUAGAAAUUAACGAAUAUGCUCCCCUGCAUCCAGGAACACGCUCGUGGGAAGUGGAAAGAGAAAACGUUACAAUUGAAAAGGUGAUCGGAAAAGGUGCCUUUGGUCAAGUCGCUCAAGGAAAAGCUUCAAAUGUUCGAGGAAGAGAGGAGACAAUAACAGUUGCCAUAAAAAUGCUGAAAGGUAACGCCAGAGAUUUAGAAAGGAAAGAUUUGCUGUCAGAGCUUGAAAUCAUGAAGAAACUCAAGCCCCAUCCUCACGUCAUCAAGUUGCUGGGAUGCGUCACUAAAUCAGAUCCUUUGCUUGUUCUAAUCGAGUAUGUCCCAUAUGGAGAUCUCCGGGGCUAUUUGAGAAAGAGCCGGCAGUUAGAAGACAACCACUUCAAUGACCCGGAUAUCAAGCCACAAACGGGUUUGACUUCCCAGCAGCUGAUGAAAUUUUCCUGGCAAGUAGCUGAUGGUAUGCAUUAUUUGUCCUCAAAAAACAUUAUUCACCGCGACCUUGCAGCCCGCAACGUCCUGGUUGGAGAGCGAGAACGAUGUAAGGUAACCGAUUUUGGAAUGGCUAGAGACGUGUGCCAGGAAAACAUCUAUGAAAGGAAGUCAGAGGGGAGACUGCCAGUGAAAUGGACAGCUAGCGAAGCGCUGCUAUACGGACGAUAUACGACGAAAAGUGAUGUGUAAGUGGAUCU